AUGGCGCAGGUGGUGGCGACGCGAUCCAUCCAAGCUCUCUCGCCUUUCGCCAUCGGGCUCCGGAUCCGGGGACGCGAGGAGCCAUCUCCACGAGCUCAGGCCUUCGACGCUACCCCCGAGGUUCUUCCCCCAGGAAAAGUAGCAGAGGAUCGAGAUAGGCAGCUGUUGCCGUGGCGAGGCCGCUCGCUCGUUCCGACGCCGGUGUUCUUCCUGAAGAAGGGUAUUCAGCAAUUUGGGGAAGUUCCCAAGGGAUUGUGGUCUAAGCCGAAUGUGGUGCGGCAGACUAAGAUAGUCUGCACCAUCAUCGGCCCAUCGACCAACACAAGGGAGAUGAUAUGGAAGCUAGCUGAGGCUGGCAUGAAUGUUGCUCGGUUGAACAUGUCGCAUGGAGACCAUGCAUCUCAUCAAAAGUCAUCGAUCUCAUGCUUGACACCAAGGCAGGGCCCUGAGGUUAGGAGUGGUGACUCACCACAGCUGAUUACCUUAACAAGUAGACGAGACUUCACUUUUGAGAUAAAAGGAGGAGUUGGCUCAGAUACUUGUGUUAGUGUCAGCUAUGAUGACUUCGUUAAUGAUGUAGAAGUUGGUGGCAUGCUUCUUGUAGAUGGCAAGUAA